GUGGUGACUGUUUCCUUCCGCUCCCCCCUCCCUCCCUCCCCAAACGCAAUCUCUCUGGGUUAAUGAGGAAGGAGAGGCAUUCUGCAUUAUUAUUAUGAUGAUUAUAAAAAAAAACCCCGAACAGCAAGGACAAUAGUGAAACUGAAUUUUAGUGCCUUUAUUGGAACUUUUCUAAUAUCCUUUUUACGUUUUUUGCUAUGUUUCUUUUUCUAUGGAGGGUUUAUGCAGAAAGUUUUUGGAUUAGUUUUUUUGGGGGGGGGGAAGGGAUGUCUUUAGUUGUAUUUUUUGUGCCUGUGUCUUAUUAGAAAAUAAUUGUAAGGGACAAGAUCAAUACAUUUUCUGUUUUCAGAAAUAUUAGGCAGAAGAGCUGUUUCAUUUCCUCCCCAUAUUCAUUCUCUGAUUUACACUUUUUUUGAAAGCAGAGUUAGACAGGUUACCACUUAUCUCAGUUUUACUUUUCUUUUUUCCUUUAAUAGAAACUUUUAUUAUUGUGAGCAUUACACUUGUCUGGUUAAUUUUUUUAGCCUUUUUCAUUCCCCGUUAUUGGAAAGACUACGAUUUUCAGUACAUUAAUUGGAACCUCUGCCCCCUCCCCCGCUUCUUGACUCCCCCCUCCCAUGGCUGUGAUGCUUUCCUUAUGCGUUUCCCCUUCCCCAGAAAAAUAGAAUUUUGGGAGGGAGGUAUCCUCCAGGUUUCCUUAAUUUUUUUUAUUAAAAAGGACUUAGAAAACAUCAGACUUGAGCUUCUUCCUCCUCUUCAAGAGAUCGGUGUGCAAAGGAAAUCUCCUUUGUUUCCAUUAUUUAUAUGCUGUCAAGUUUUGAAGUGGUGAUCUUUAGAGGCGGGACUGAGUAUGGAUCAUUUGAACGAGACAACUCAGGGGAAAGAACAUUCAGAAAUGUCUAACAAUGUAAGCGAUCCGAAGGGUCCACCAGCCAAAAUUGCCCGCUUGGAGCAGAAUGGGAGCCCAUUAGGAAGAGGAAGACUUGGAAGUACAGGAACUAAAAUGCAAGGAGUGCCUUUAAAACACUCUGGACAUCUGAUGAAAACACAUGCUAGAAAAGGAACCAUGCUUCCAGUUUUCUGUGUAGUGGAACAUUAUGAAAACUCCAUUGAGUAUGAUUGCAAAGAAGAGCAUGCAGAAUUUGUUUUGGUAAGGAAGGACAUGCUAUUCAACCAGCUGAUUGAAAUGGCAUUGCUGUCGCUUGGAUAUUCUCAUAGCUCUGCUGCUCAAGCAAAAGGACUAAUCCAGGUUGGGAAAUGGAACCCAGUUCCUCUCUCCUAUGUGACAGAUGCCCCAGAUGCUACAGUAGCUGACAUGCUGCAGGAUGUUUAUCACGUGGUCACACUGAAAAUCCAGUUGCACAGUUGCCCUAAACUAGAAGACUUGCCUCCUGAACAAUGGUCUCACACAACAGUAAGAAAUGCUCUGAAGGACUUACUGAAGGAUAUGAACCAGAGUUCAUUGGCCAAGGAAUGUCCCCUUUCACAGAGUAUGAUUUCUUCCAUUGUGAACAGCACUUACUAUGCAAACGUCUCGGCAGCAAAAUGUCAGGAAUUUGGGAGGUGGUAUAAACAUUUCAAGAAAGCAAAAGAUAUGAUGGCUGAAAUGGAUAGCCUUUCUGAACUAUCCCAACAAGGUGCCAACCACGUCAACUUUGGACACCAACCAGUCCCAGGGAACACAGCUGAACAGCCUCCAUCCCCUGUUCAGCUUUCUCAUAGCAGUCAACCACCUGUUCGGACCCCACUUCCAAACCUGCAUCCUGGACUUGUAUCUACUCCCAUUAGUCCUCAGUUGGUAAAUCAGCAACUGGUAAUGGCCCAACUGUUAAACCAGCAGUAUGCAGUGAACAGACUUCUAGCCCAACAGUCCUUAAACCAACAGUACUUGAACCAUCCUCCUCCGGUCAGCAGAUCCAUGAACAAGCCGUUGGAGCAGCAGGUCUCAACUAACACAGAGGUGUCUUCCGAAAUCUACCAGUGGGUGCGUGAUGAAUUGAAACGAGCAGGAAUCUCGCAGGCAGUUUUUGCACGUGUGGCAUUUAACAGAACUCAGUGGAAAAGCAAUUGGCAUGUUGUGGAAAAAAAGCAAUGCAGGAAAGAAGUUACAAACUAUAUGCUGAAAUUUGUUUGCAGUAGGAAUCCAGCUACAAUCAGUACAACUAAGGGCUUGCUCUCAGAAAUCCUGCGAAAGGAAGAAGACCCCAAGACCGCAUCACAAUCUUUACUGGUAAACCUUCGGGCUAUGCAGAAUUUCUUGCAGCUGCCGGAAGCAGAAAGAGAUCGAAUAUACCAGGAUGAAAGGGAAAGAAGUUUGAAUGCAGCUUCUGCAAUGGGCCCCACACCUCUUAUAAGCACACCGCCCAGCCGACCAACACAAGUAAAAACUACGGCUAUUGCAACAGAAAGGAAUGGAAAACCAGAAAACAAUACUAUGAACAUUAAUGCUUCCAUUUAUGAUGAGAUUCAGCAGGAAAUGAAGAGAGCUAAAGUGUCUCAAGCAUUAUUUGCAAAGGUUGCAGCAACUAAAAGCCAGGGAUGGCUCUGUGAACUCUUGCGCUGGAAAGAAGAUCCUUCACCUGAGAAUAGAACCCUGUGGGAGAAUCUGUCAAUGAUCCGGAGAUUCCUCAGUCUUCCUCAGCCUGAACGAGAUGCCAUUUAUGAACAAGAAAGCAAUGCAGUUCAUCACCAUGGCGACAGGCCUUCCCACAUUAUCCACGUUCCAGCAGAGCAGAUUCAGAGCCCCUCUCCCACCAACCUUGGGAAAGGAGAGCAUAGAGGCGCUUUCUUACCUGGCCUGCUGACCACUGGACCUUGGCUGGGUGCUGCUCCCCAGCAGCAACAGCAGCAGCAGCAACAACAGCAGCAGCAGCAGCAGCAGCAACAACAACAACAGCAACAGCCACCACCACCAGGCCCCAGAUUACCCCCAAGGCAGCCAACAGUAGCAUCACCAGCUGAAUCUGAGGAUGAAAAUCGUCAGAAGACCCGCCCACGAACAAAGAUUUCCGUGGAAGCCCUGGGCAUCCUUCAGAGUUUUAUACAAGAUGUAGGCCUAUAUCCAGAUGAAGAAGCAAUCCAGACUCUUUCAGCUCAACUUGAUCUUCCCAAAUACACCAUCAUCAAAUUCUUUCAGAACCAGCGAUAUUAUGUCAAGCACCAUGGAAAGCUGAAAGACAACUCAGGCUUGGAGGUGGAUGUUGCAGAAUAUAAGGAAGAAGAGCUGCUUAAGGAUUUGGAAGAGGCUGCACAAGACAAAAAUACGAACACACUUUUUUCAGUAAAAUUAGAAGAAGAGUUAUCUGUAGAAGGGAACACUGACAUUAAUAAUGAGUUGAAAGACUGAUUGAAAAAGUAUUUAUUCAACAGUGUCACUGCUAUUUACUAAUGAAAUGAAAAUUCCAUCCUGUGUUCUGUCAGCAACCUCUAUUCAUUGUUUGGCCAAUGAAUCUUCCAAAACUUGCACAAAAGUUGAAAAAGGAUAAUGCAGACUGCACUAGAUAUUUUACAAUUUGCUUCAGAGCUACAUAUGAAGCAUUGAGGAUUGUUUCAUAUCAAUUUGUGUUCACUGGGUACACCAAGAUGUAUCCAAUAAGCAUGAUAUCUGUGGGUUGUUUUUUAUUAUUAUUAUUCUAGAGCUUUCAGACAAGCAUUACUUUUGUGAUUUAUUGUUUUGGUUUUGGUUUAUUUUCCAAUUAUUACUGUUAACACUCCACACUUGAUCUUUGAAAGCUCACAUUUAUUUAAAUAAUAGAAGAAGAAGAAAAAGAAGAAGAGUUUGUUACUCUUGCUCUAUUGUAUGUUACAAAAGAACUAUAGACUGUGGGAUGCAGUUUAAAGUUAACAUAUGCCAACAAAUGCCUUGUAUUAUAUGGCACUGCCGUAACUCAGAUUUGUUUUCUUUUCAGAAAUAAGAGGUCACUGUAUCUUUUUCAUUCUCAUUCUCAUUGUUACAUGAUUUUUUGAAAACAAAAUGUGAAACACUGUUUUAUCCCCAUUAUUUAUUUGUAGAUCCUACAGCAUCAUGUUGUAAUUAAUUUUUAGAAGUUUCCGUUAAAUGUAAUAUUGCUUCUCUUGUUAUCAUACUGAUUUUUUUUUCUAUUUAUAAAUGUAUUUUGAUGGGCAGUAAAACAAAGUGUCUUAAAAGUUUUAAAUAGAGAAAAUGUGCUUUACACAGUUGCCUAUAAAAAGUGCUCUAUGUUAUCCAAGCAAUUCAUACUAUAAGCUUCACUCUUAUUGUUGUAUGCAAUUUUUACUAUCAUGCAAAUAAGCUUAGGUAAAUAAAACUAAUAGAUCACCUUAGAAACUUAUGCAAUUAAUGUGAAAAUAAUUGAUGUUUGCAAUGUGUCUUCCUUUGGUUUACAAUCAAUUUUAAAGCUACAGCUGUAUAAAUUUUCUGUAUAAAGGUGUAUUUCUUUUUUAUGAGUUUAUUGCUAUGAAAACACCAGUUAUUUUGUUACAGCUGGCUGUUUUUAUAAGUGUAUCACAAUUUUCUUUAAGCAGAAAUGUUCUGACUAGGAGUGGUUAUUGACUGUAACUACACAAUUAAAAUUGUUUGUAUGGUAUGAUACGA